AACGAAGCUGUACAUAGACCAGGUACACAAUGUCAAAACGGUGUCGUAUUUUGUUGCAGUCUCCAACAUCGUGGUACAUCUCCGGUGGUGACUGAUUCAUCAUAGACGGUCAACUCCAUUUCAGCUCAACCUCUGCAACGCUUUCCCCUUCAAAAAACGAAAAAGGGGGCGGCGGUCAGGGGGAAUCCCUAUAUUUUAAUCCACACUAAUUUUCUCUUUAUGGAUUUCGAUUUUCGAUUCUUUUGACGAAGAAGACGAAGAUUUAUAAUUAUAUGAUGUCAAAGAAAGCCAGCAACUGCGCUAUUUGCGACAAUUCAAAUCGCGCUUCUAUUUGCGCCGUUUGCGUCAAUUACAGAUUAAAUGAGUAUAAUUCUUUGUUAAAAUCAUUGAAAAACCAUCGUGAUUUGUUAUAUUCAAAAUUAAACGAACUGAUUGCCGCAAAGGGGAAAGCUGAUGAUCAACUGAAUUGGAGAGUUCGUCAAAGCGAGAAGCUAACUAACUUGAAAGAGAAGCUUCGCCGAAGCAAGGAACAAUUAGCUCAAGGUAAGGUUAAGAUUGAGAGAGUGUCUCAUGAGUUAAAGGUUAAGUAUGGAGUGCUUAAAUCAGCUCGUGGCACGUUGGAAAAGAAUCGUGUGGAAAAGCUCGAAAAGUUCUAUCCCAAUCUUAUUUGCACACAAAGCCUGGGGCAUAUGGCAAUUACCUCAGAACGUCUUCACAAGCAAUCAGUUGUCAUAAAACAGAUAUGCAAAUUGUUUCCCCAACGUCGUGUACAUUUAGAUGAGGAGCGAAGAGAUGGAUCUAGUGGUCAGUAUGAUCUGAUUUGCAAUGCACGCUUGCCAAGGGGGCUUGAUCCACACUCUGUUCCCUCAGAAGAGCUUGCUGCCUCGUUAGGAUACAUGGUACAGCUUCUAAAUCUUGUUGUUCAUAAUUUGGCUGCUCCUGCUCUUCAUAACUCAGGUUUUGCGGGGUCUUGCUCCCGAAUAUGGCAACGGGAUUCUUAUUGGGAUGCACGUCCUUCUUCUCGAAGCAAUGAAUAUCCGCUUUUUAUACCACGCCAAAAUUACUGCUCCACUAGUGGGGAUAAUUCAUGGACAGAUAAAAGCUCUAGUAAUUUUGGUGUGGCUUCGAUGGAAUCUGAGAGAAGGCCUCAUCUGGAUUCAAUUAGUAGCUUCAAUUAUUCUUCUGCCUCUCCACACACCGUUGAAACACACAAGGACUUGCAGAAAGGGAUUUCUCUUCUGAAGAAAAGUGUGGCAUGUGUAACAACUUACUGCUAUAACUCACUCUGUUUAGAUGUUCCUACCGAGGCAUCUACCUUCGAAACAUUUUCUAAAUUAUUGGCCACGUUAUCUUCAACUAGGGAAGUUCGAUCUGUUUUUUCCUUGAAAAUGGCUUGUUCAAGGUCAGGUAAGCAAGCUCAACAGCUUAACAAGUCUGUCUGGAAUGUGAAUUCUCCUAUGUCAUCGAGCACAUUAUUGGAGAGUGCACACAUGCUGCCUUUGACGAAAAACUUCUCCGAUCACAACCUUCCGAGUUCAGCUGCCAGUUUUCUUUUCGGCAAUGAGUUAUCUGAUAACGGGAAGAACGAAAGCCUUAUUGAUGGAUGGGAUAUAGUGGAGCAUCCUACAUUUCCCCCUCCACCAUCAGAAACCGAGGAUAUUGAGCAUUGGACUCGAGCAAUGUUUAUCGAUGCCACAAGGCGAUGACACAUUGCUUGUAAGUGACAUUGCAUAUGUGAUCUAACGCAGUCUCAACUAGCAUUAUGAUUAGCCGUAUGUAUGUUAGGCCGAUGCUUAUUUCCUCCAGUUAUAGCUUUAAUUAGAGAUGAUGUCGAGCAGUGAUGUGUUUAUAUAAUUAUAUAUAUUUAUAAAUGUUAAAUCAGUGGGUUUGUAAGUUUAUAUUCAAGGAAAAGUGCAUUUAGUGUUUUUCUUU